AAGAGUCAAUGUUAUGUUAGCAAGAGACCGUACCACUCCAGCAUUAGCCAAGUCACCCACAACAGGUUUUGGUGGUGCUCCUCCUGAUAGGGUGAGUCUGUCUUCCAGCAUGGGAGAUCAGGUACUAAGGUUUAAUGAUGUUGCAGCUCUGCUUCCGCGCAGAGAAUUUAAGCUACAUGGUGGCCAAAUUUCUGAUGUGGGUUCUGAUAUGUCAUACAGUAGCCUUUGUAAACAAAUUGAUGAAGGUUUGCAUGAAGGUUUUACUGAGUCAGAGAUAAUUCGUACAGUGAUUAAGAUCACAAAACCUGGUACAUUUAGAGAAAUGUUGGCUAAUAAAGGUGAUUUAACUGUUGAUGAGCUAAAGCGGUUUCUCCACGCACACAUCAGGGACAAAAACAGUACUGAACUUUUCCAAGAGCUAAGUAAUGCCAAGCAACAAGACAAAGAGGAUCCACAGCAGUUUCUGUACAGGAUAAUGGGGUUAAAACAGCGUGUUCUGUUUGAGUCACAACAGCCUGGUGCUGAGUUUAGCUAUGACAAAAGGCUCGUUCAGGGCACUUUUCUCCACACUCUUUACCAGGGCUUAAAUGAAAAAAACAACCAUGUCAGACAUGACCUCAAGCCACUUCUCACUGACUUGCAGGUUAGUGAUGACUUUCUGUUAGACCAGAUCACUAAGUCUACGAGCGAGGAAGCUGAAAGACUUAAACGACUUGGCACAGUAAGCAAAACCCGACCAGUGAGAGUGAGCACAGCUCAGCUUGACUGUAGUGACUCAGCUAAGCAAGAUAAAGUUGACACUCAGCUACAGGCUAACCGUGCUGCUAUUAAAGAACGGACUGCACAAGUGUCCUCAUUGACCAAACAUCUGGCACAGAUGGUAAAGCCUGCUGACAGUGUGACACCUGGGGGUCCCUGCUCCACCACAGCUUGUCCUCAGGCACCAACAACUGAUAACAGGGGCAGAUGCAAUGACUGUGUACAGCAAAGCAAAGUGAGCUGCCCUCACUGCUUUGUUUGUGGCCAAGCUGGACACCGCACCAUUGGCUGUCUCCAAAGGAAACUAUCGGGAAACGGAAUGAGGUCACUGGUGAGGGGCAACCAGUGACCGUGACAGCUGAGGAGCCCCCAGCACAAGCCAGCCAACCUAAAGCAUCCCAUCAGUCUAAGGCAGCCAGCCCUGUAAAAGCAAACACACCAUGUCAACCACCACCAAGAAAGCGAAUAGCACAGCUCAUAGGAAAGCGUUGUAUGGUGUCUUGUGCUAUCAACAAAGUUCCUCUUCAAAUGUUGCUCGAUUCAGGGGCUCAAGUGACUAUAGUAGAGAGAGCGUGGAUGGAAAAAGCACUCCCCAACAUCCAGAUCCAGCCACUCGAAACCCUCCUUCUUGACCAGCCUUUGGACAUUGCUGCAGCUAAUGGCACAGAUGUUCCCUUUGACGGAUGCGCAGAUGUGGAACUCCAGUUUUCAAAGCAGCCCCGGCCUCUGACCUUUGGGAAAAUGUUCUUUGUGGUUUUCAUCCUAACCUCUGCCCUCUCAGUGACCUGCCUGCCCUCAGACAUAGAGAAGGGAAGGAGAAAAGUGGUACAUGUGCUCGAGGAUGACACGGGAGCUGUGAUCGUGCAGACAGCUCCUGGUAAAGUGGUGACACACCGCGGUGGCUCCAUCACUCUGCCCUGCCGUUUCCAUCAUGAGCCAGAGAACACUGAUCCUGCACGCAUUCGGAUCAAAUGGACCAAGGUGACAGAUGCACUGCAGUUUGAAGAUGUCUUUGUGGCACUUGGGAGACAGCAGCGUGUGUUUGGAUCAUACAAAGGCCGUGUGUUUUUGGAGCAGGCAGGACCAGGUGAUGCUUCAGUGAUCAUCCAAAAUGUCACACUGGAUGACUACGGACGCUAUGAGUGUGAGGUCACUAACGACAUGGAAGACGACACAGGAUUUGUCAACCUCGACCUAGAAGGAGUUGUAUUUCCCUACUACCCCCGUGAGGGCCGCUAUAAGCUCAACUACCACCAGGCUGAGGAUGCCUGCAAACAGCAGGACGCUAUCCUGGCCUCUCACUCUCAACUGCACAAGGCCUGGCUGGAAGGACUAGACUGGUGUAAUGCUGGAUGGUUGGAGGACGGCUCAGUCCAGUACCCUAUCUCUCAUCCCAGAGACCAGUGCGGCCGCAAGGACACCCCUGCUGGUGUCCGUAACUAUGGCUAUAGGCACAAGGAGGAUGAGCGUUAUGACGCUUUCUGCUUCACUUCCAAGCUCAAUGGUAAAGUGUACUUCCUCAAACGGUUUAAGAAGGUCAACUAUGCCGAGGCGACAAAGGCUUGCAUUCGAGAUGGCUCAGUGGUGGCCAAAGUGGGUCAGGUGUAUGCUGCAUGGAAGUUCCAGCUGCUGGACCGCUGUGAAGCUGGCUGGUUGGAGGAUGGCAGCAUCCGUUACCCCAUAGUCAACCCUCGGUCCCGCUGUGGAGGAUCCCAUCCAGGCGUCCGACACCUGGGCUUUCCUGAUAAAAAAUUCCGUCUCUAUGGGGUGUACUGUUUCCGCAAGAACAAGGAUGAAAUGGCAGGUGGUAUUGAAACAACAAAUAGCCCUAAAGAUAGUUUGACAAGGAGGAAGAGCAGCAACAGUAUCCCAGUGAAUGCUACAAGGGUGAUUUAAAGUGGAAAGACUUGAGAGCAGGAGUGGGAUGCAAUUUUAGAUUUGACUGCAACAACUGUCACCAAGCAGCCAGACUCCAUUCAUCGCUUUUAAAGUAAAACACUCACAGACGUAGAUGUACUAAUUUGCAGAUUUGCCAGAGAGAAAAAGCGAGGCCGUGUAACAUUAAGGCUGACAUCUUUAUUAGGGUGAUAUUCCCUUCAUCUCCAGUCAGUCAAUCAUCUUAAGGAGUGAGUAUGUUAGCACAUCUGUCGCUGGAAAACUGUAAAAUUAAAGCCGCUUCAUCAUCACUCAGGCACAUAUCAGAUCAGAAUCUGCUGCGAAUAUUCUUGUUUACAUGUGUGUGUGGAUCAUAUUUUGGCCCCUGCUGUGGCUCCUCAGUUCUGUGCCCCAGCCUGAGCCAAAAUCCUAGCAUUCAUUACUGAGUGAGAGGGGAUGAUCUACCGAACUGUAUGGAAAAAAUCCAAGAUGUCCUGUAAGUUUUGAUUGUACCAAGUGUAAUUGCCUGUAUCUGAGUGCCAUGCUUGGUUAGCAACCCUCUGGCACAAUGCAAUAUUUGAAUGUGAGUCAUUUCUCUCAUUAACUAAGACCUGGCAAUCCCAUUACAGAGCUGAACAGGCCGAAUAGUAAAUACUGCACUAGCUCUAAAAUAUUCACUCUUAUUCAAAAAGAGCUUUAUUUUAUGGUAGCAUCUUAGGUUAGAAUUAAGCGAGCAUGUAUUGUUUGGCCUAGAAUAGUCGCUGAGGCUUAGUAAGCAGAAAUACAAAGCUACAAUAAUCGCUGUUUUCCUCACAAAUGUUAUAAGCAGUGACCUUAAUUUCAGAGUAUGUUUACAACUACUGAAUGGAUGGAUGUUCUGGAAAAAAAAUAAAAGUCUUGGAAAUUGUUGAUUUGAACAACA